GCAAGCUUGCCUUGCGCCCAUGUUCUCUUUCUCCUCUCCACCAAACUCAGCGUUGCUCUUCGUAUCAUCAUCAUCAUCAAAGUCAAUCCUCGUCCAAAAACCGCCACCUUCUCAAAACCCCGCGUUUUGACUCUGGCUCUUUUGUUGGUCCCAUCGCGUGACUGGCCCUGGACAUUUAAUCUGGAAUCUCCCUGGCUUUGAUCCAUAUUCGACUUUCUGCUCUGUUCCUCUCUCCAUCUGGAUCCCCCUCUUGCUUGACCCGACGACACGACGCUCCUCCCAACGGCAACAUGACGGAGGUAUCAGCCACCCGGCUGUACUUGGGAAACCUCCCUCGAAAUGCUACCAAAUCCGAUGUCGAGGCUCACUUCGCGACUCAUGGUACCGGAGAAAUCACCGAGGUUAAGCUCAUGAAUGGCUUCGGUUUCAUCGAGUACAAGGACCCCAUGGAUGCCCGUGAUGUUGUACCGGCCUUCCAUGGCUCUGAUUUCAUGGGAGAACGACUCACUGUCCAGUUCGCCCGCGGUUCCCGGCAUCGCGAGGGCGGUUUUGGCAACCAUGAGCGCACCGCGCCACGGCCUCGUCGAACCCCUCAUCGAAUGCAGAUUACGGGACUUCCAAACGAUACCUCUUGGCAGGAUCUCAAAGACUUUGCGCGUCAGUCUAGCUUGGACGUUGUCUAUUCUGAAACUGGCCGCGACUCGAACGGCCGAGGUUUCGUCGAAUUCGAGACUGCAGCAGACCUUAGAACGGCUGUUGAGAAGCUCGACGGGCGAGAAUUCAAGGGCCAGCGAGUCCAAUGCGUUGCUGACACUCAGCCGGAUAUGCCUCCUCGCGAGCGCGGUAGAUCCCGCUCCCCAGGACGUCGACCUUAUCCUCCUCCCAUGGACGACUACGACCGGCGCGGCCCUCCCCGCGGAUACAGUCCCCGCGGUGGUGGUGGUUACGGCUACCGGGAUCGUAGUCCUCGUCGCGAUUACUAUGAUGAUCGCGCCCGUUAUCGAUCUCCUCCUCGCCGUCCUAUGGAGGACUAUCCUCCCCCUCCCCCUCGCGGCCGCUACGACGACCCCUAUCGCCGCGACUACCCUCCUCCGCCCGAUCCCUAUGCCAAUGGGCGACCUCCCUAUGACCGACCCCCUCGAGACUUCCCUCCACGAGAGGGCGGAUACCCACGAGAUGGUGGUUAUCCCCGAGACUAUGAUCGUGGUGGACGCUACUGGUAAAUCCAUAUCCCAUUACCGCUUUGGGCGCUUGCUUGGCGGGACUGUCCUUGACCGACGGUGUUAGAUCUACUCUCAACCGAAUACGCUAAAUGGCGUGAAACUUUGACGACCAGUCAUGAGGUAGGAAGGACAAGAUUGAAACGAUCGACAGGCAGAUAUGCGCAACAAUGAUUGACGACCGACUGGUGAUAUUCUCAACGAGCAAACACAAGUAUGAGGGACAUUAGGAUGGCGUCAGGUGUAGGGGUUGGAAGACUUGACGAGGGUUGACAGGUACCGGCAAAAGCCACGGGCGCACACGACAUGAAUGUCUUGGGUAAUAUGAACUAUAGUGUAUGACUACUAGGAAGCCGUCGUGGGUGAGGGUUUGCUUAUUUGCUUUUAUUUUGUCUUAUACUAUAUAACCUGGAGGAAGAUUUUGGGACCACUCGGUAAGAGUCGUUAUUUGCUAGGUAGUUUUUGCUUUUAUCACUGAAAAGGGUCAAAAUAAUCCAACUUUUGCUUUUGUAUUGUUCAAAUUGACAUGGCAUUACUGCACAACGAGUGAAUC